AUGCAGACCGGAAUAUCAAUAUCUGAACCAUCUAACUUAACACUUCAGCAGAUUCUCGACCUUGGUAUCAUGACUUAUAUGGAAAUUAUUGCUGAAGUAGCUGACAAGGCACGGAAAGAGUACUCUGUUGAAGUGACCCUUGAGAAACUAUCUCAAUCAUGGCUUGAACUUAAGCUCGAAAUAGCGCCUCACAAUUCAAAUUUCGAAACUUAUGUAAUCAGUGUCUCAAAGGAAUUGUUUGCAAAAUUGGAAGAAGAUAUUCGAGAAGUGCAGCAGAUUAACUGCGAAGCAUUUGAAGCUUCUGCUACCGAGUGGGCAGCCAAGCUGCAAUUAAUACGGCAAGUUUUAACCACUUGGGUCGAUGUACAAAGGUACUAUACAUUCGUUAAAUUUAUCCGUCGGAGUGUUAUUGAUUUCAGAUUGUGGAUAAAUUUGGAACCCGUGUUCGGUAAUGAAGUUAUCAAGCCUAAUUACCCAACAGUCAUGGAAAAAUUAUUGAGAAGAAUAAAAGAAGAAUUAUGGGCGAUAAUUAAACUAGGGAUGAAGACAAAUAAAUUACCUGGCCUUACCAUCUGA